UUCUUUUUGCAACCAGAGGAGUCGCCCCCUGCUGGCUGUCAGAAAGAAUGCAAGUUUAAGGCACUUCAGCAUUGGCUUCACUUUUCAGACCUCGGAGGUUGCCACUGGGUGAAACCAAUCCACGCAGAGCAGACAAUAAAACUGCCGGGAAAACACACAAAAGCAGGAGGUGAAGUGGUCUGAAACAAGAGGAGAGAUGAGUAGCAAAAUAAAAAAGGAAACACCAAACAUGAAUGAAUGAAAACAACGACCUAACCGAGGAGGCAGGGCAGACUGUAUCAGCACCCUCUCCACAUGCAGUUGAUUCCAAGCCAAACCCACAUGUGCCACAGUGUCACACUUUUUUUUUAAGCUCUCUGUAACUGUGUAACUUCCCAGCAGGUGAAGCUGGGGUAUAUAAACCAAAAACCCAGGUUAAUGAAUCAUAUGCAUGUCAUAGAGCAGUAGAGCUUUAUCUCUCUUGUGCCUAUCAGUACUGACGUAGUGUCUGCUUGUCUUUUUUCCUUCUUUUCUUUUUUAAAUAUCACAGAUUUUGGUAAGGUAAUGACCACCUUAAAAAUUAGAGAUUAUGACAGCAUCACAUCUUUUCUUGGAACUUGGGGACCCUUUCAGCGAAGGAUUUUUUUAGCACUGGCCAUCAGCAUCCUCCCAAAUGGGUUUGUUUCCGCCUAUAUAGUAUUUGGAGGUAUUACACCUCCUCACGAGUGCUACAUCCCUGAAAACUACAGCAUCAGUGAGAUGUGGAGAAAUGUGACGGUCCCAGUAGAGACGGUCGAUGGCAUUGCAAAGCGCAGCUCUUGCUCAAGGCUUAACCUGGAAAUUGUCAGAAGCUACUCUCAAAAUAACAUCAUCCCAAAUGUGGAUGUGAAUGUGAGUGACAUUCCUUUGGAGAGCUGUCUGGACGGGUGGACAUACAGCAAAGAAAUCUACCAGUCAACCAUCGUCACUGGGUGGGACUUGGUAUGUGAGAAUGGAUACAAAUCUCCGCUGGCCACUUCCAUCCAAUACAUUGGUGUGCUAGUGGGAGCGAUUCUCUCAGGCCAGAUGUCUGACAGGUUUGGAAGGAGACCAGCACUCUUUCUCAUGAUGAUUCUUCAGACUGUGGCGGUCACGGCACAGAUGUUCUCGCCGAGCUGGGAGAUCUUCACCUUCAUUUUCUUCUUCGUGGGUGCAGGGGGAUACUCCAACUAUAUCAUUGCAUUUGUGCUGGGUACAGAAAUUCUGAGCCCAAAAUCCAGAGUGGCCUUCUGCUCCCUUGGGGUUUUUAUGGCCUCAGCUUUGGGUUACAUGGCAUUGCCAGCUGCGGCUUACUUCCUCCGUGAUUGGCGGAUGCUGCUGAUUCCCAUGGCGGCCUCUAGCCUGAUCUACAUCCCUCUAUGGUGGUUAGUCCCAGAGUCUCCUCGCUGGCUGCUCUAUCAGGGGAGAGUGGAGGAGGCUGAGGCCAUCCUGAGAGAUGCUGCCAAGAGUAAUAAUAUAGAGGCUCCACAGGACAUUUUUACACAAGCUGAGAUCGACGAUGCACUGGCUAUGAAAGACAAGAAAUACAACAUUUUGGUUAUCACGAGCAGCUGCAACAUGUUCUCUGUGACAUUACUGUGUUCAUUUCUGUGGACCAUCAUCACAAUGGGCUACUAUGCUUUAGUACUCAACACUUCAAACCUGCACGGCGACCCGUACAUAAACUGCUUCUUGUCUGCCGUGGUGGAAGUGCCGGCUUACAUAAUUGCCUUGUUACUUCUCCAGUUCUGCUCCAGGCACUUCUGCCAAUCUUCUACACUCUUCCUUGGAGGCGUUAUGAUCCUCUGUGUUCACCUCAUCCCAGUAGAUUUACAGAUUGUGCCUGUGAUUCUUGAGAUAUUGGGGAAAUUCGGCAUGACAUCUGCAUUUUGUGUGGUGUACACAUUCACAUCAGAGCUCUUCCCCACUGUUAUCAGAAAUACAGCAAUGGGGUGUUGCUCCAUGGCUGCUCGCAUUGGAACCAUCAUGUCCCCCUUUGUCAUUUAUCUGGGACAAUACUACAAGGCACUCCCAUACAUGUUGAUGGGAGGUUUCGCUCUUUGUGGUGCCUUCUUAUGUUUGCUGCUGCCAGAAACUUAUAGGAGGACUUUACCAGAGACCAUAUCACAAAUGCAGCUGAUAUGCGGGAGAAGAAGAAAAAAAGAAAAGGAAACUGAAAAUGGAGAGAGCGCGGCUGAUUAUCAGAGUAAAUCAACCAAGUUAUAGUGUCAAGUUAUGAUUUGCGUUUGUAUUUUAGUUUUUUUCUCUAAAGCAUUUUACUCACCUAUUUGCUUAUGAAGAUAUUUUGUUUUAUGUGAAAUUCAGUUUUAUGUAUUUUUGUUUGAAAUGUCCUAUAUUAUAUCUUGCAUAUUAUGAAGUACGUUGUCAACCUGUUUUAAAAAAAAUGAUUCAUAAGAACAAUUUUAAUUUUUUACUUUUUGACACAGAAAGCUGCAUUUUUAUAUGUUUUAUAUCGUUAGAUUGAGGAGCUUAGUUGUGUUUGUUAAAGCAUGUGCAUGUUUUGAAAAAAUUAUAAAUGACUCAGUAUCAAAUUAGUAUAUGUUAAAACCCAUCAGAACAAGAAUAAAUGACAAAGAGUUGACAACACAAGGUGUAGCACUUAGAUGUUGCUGAACU